AUGAAAUGUUUGCAUUCAAAACAGACUCCUAUGUGGGACAAACCUCUAGUGUCGAUUAAAAACAAGGCACCAUUAAGCGGAUUGGACGGAUGUUUGGAACAUCCUUCAGACGAUAGUUCUCAGCUGUCGUGGCACAUGUUUACAACCGGGAGCGCCCUCCUGUCGCCGAUGGUCAUAACUUGGGGCGCGCUCGAUCAAUACAGGGCUUCCCUACUUACGGCCACGAAAAAGGAUAUAUUUGUUUGGCAAAUCCAUCUGUGGAGGGCGUCGGUAGGAGAGGUUGAGAAUCCAUUUUUGACGUAUUUAAAAUAA